UUCAUCCGCCUUCGAAACGGCCGCCAUCUUUUUUCCAGUUGUAAAUAUUUUGGUACAUCACAGAAAUCCGAAAACAUCGGCCAGGUUUGAAGGCAGAAAAGACAAUAAGUAUUAAAAGCUUAUACUUCAUACAUCUCUGGAAUGGCCGAUACUGACAAAUUAAAUAUAGACAGCAUAAUUGCAAGGCUUUUAGAGGUUCGUGGUACUCGACCUGGCAAAAAUGUACAGCUGACAGAAUCUGAGAUUAGAGGGCUGUGUCUCAAGUCAAGGGAACUGUUCCUGAGUCAGCCUAUUCUCCUGGAAUUAGAAGCACCUCUUAAAAUAUGUGGUGAUAUACAUGGACAGUACUAUGAUUUAUUAAGAUUGUUCGAGUAUGGUGGCUUCCCUCCAGAGAGCAAUUACCUAUUUCUCGGGGACUAUGUGGACAGAGGAAAGCAAUCUCUGGAAACAAUCUGUCUUCUGUUAGCUUACAAGAUCAAAUACCCAGAAAACUUUUUCUUACUCAGGGGCAAUCAUGAAUGUGCCAGUAUUAACAGAAUAUAUGGCUUUUAUGAUGAAUGUAAACGAAGAUACAACAUCAAACUGUGGAAAACAUUCACAGAUUGUUUCAACUGUUUACCCAUCGCAGCCAUUAUAGAUGAAAAAAUUUUCUGUUGUCACGGAGGUCUGAGUCCCGACCUUCAGUCUAUGGAACAGAUCAGGCGUAUCAUGCGACCAACAGACGUACCAGAUCAAGGUCUUCUGUGCGAUUUGUUGUGGUCAGAUCCAGACAAGGAAACGAUGGGCUGGGGAGAAAAUGACAGAGGAGUAUCGUUUACAUUCGGUGCAGAAGUAGUGGCCAAAUUCCUUCACAAACACGAUCUGGAUCUUAUAUGUAGGGCACAUCAAGUAGUAGAAGAUGGUUAUGAAUUCUUUGCUAAGCGUCAACUUGUAACGUUAUUCUCUGCCCCAAAUUACUGUGGUGAAUUUGACAAUGCAGGUGCUAUGAUGAGUGUAGAUGAAACGCUUAUGUGCUCAUUCCAGAUCUUAAAACCAGCAGACAAGAAAAAAUUCCCAUAUGGAGGCUUGAACGCAGGACGUCCUGUCACACCACCUCGAGGGACUGCUAAGGGGGGGAAAGGCAAAAUGUAAAAAAUAAAAGGGAUAAUUGAGAUUAGAGUGUGUUGACGAAAAAAUAGUGCAUCAGUUAGACACAUGCAAAAUGGUUGGACUCAGAGAAAAAGUGGAUUUGGACAAACACUGUGUGAUCAAUUGAGGAAUAAACGUGGAAAAAUGGUCUGGUCCAUUCAUAGAAGAGCUGUAGAAAAAGUGACAAUUUUAAAAUUAAAUGUUCUGUGUGUGUGUAUAUAUAUUACAUUAUAUUAAGACUGACCCAUUUUGCAGCUGUUUUAUGAGUGGAUUUCAAAGUUGUUAAUUUUACAAGUGUGUACAUACUUGGUGAGACCUACAAUGAAAUGAAUGUAUUGGUGUUAUUUUUUUGUGUGACAGAAGUUUGUAAAACUGACAUUUGUAAAUUUUCUCACUAAAAAAAAUCAUGGAUGUUUUUUUUUUGUUAUUUUGAUAUUGAAAACUACAAAGCCCUUGCAUUAAUAAGUAUAUUACUUACUUGAAACUUCCCUGUUGACUUGCAGGGAAGAUUUCCCUCUCCACUUUGUGUCAAAAGUUGAUCAUAUCAUUUGAAAGGCUAGUCACAGAGUAUUAACAUAAUUCAUACCUCUGAAUUUUUUUCUUUUCAUCAUAUCUCUACUCGAGAAAUUUGAUCAUUCAGAAAAGUAUAGCUUAGGUGUUGCGCUGACGAAAGCUGUAACAGUUUGUAAUAUAUAUAUGUAUGUAUUAUAUCAUCAAGACAUAUAAAUUUACUGAGACAUUUCAUUAUUAUAUUUAUAACCGUUCUGUUAGUUUCUUAUUUGACUUGAGUAAGUUGUGCUACCAUGUUUUGUGGUGAAAUAUUACAUAAAAAUCAAAAAAAUUUAGCUGUAAUUCUCAAAGACCGUGUAAUGAAAGUGUAGCAGUGAAUUUAUUUGAUCUUGCUCUCAUUUUUGUACUAUAAUUACUGUGAUACACACACUGUUUUGCUGGUUUGUUUAAACUUACAAAAUUCACAUUUUUGAACCUUCAAAAAUGCCAAUUCAAUGACAUUGCCCACCUGGAAAGUACAAAUGUAGUGAAUUAAUAUCUAUUUUCAAGAUGUUCACAUGUUGGUUGAUUAUAUGGUCUUGACUCUUUAAAUAACGUCUCUACUGUAUUUGAAGUUUAGAUUAUUUGUACAUUUUAAGCUGUAAAUGAUCAAAAUGUUGGUGAUUUUAGAAAGCAGAAUAGUGCUGUGCUUUUUGCUAAAGAAGUCUUGUGUCAAUAACUUUACAAGAAAAAUUAUCGGCCAUUUUAGUACACUUUCUGUAUAUUAAGAAAUAGAAAUUAUGCUUUUCAGACUUGAGAAGUUUAAUAAGUUAUGUAUCCCUCUUUACUCUAGGUCAAGUACUUUCUUGUUUAUAGUUUUAGUAUUUUGUUAUUUCCUCCCCAACUGGAAAAAAGGUGGCCAGCCGAACUAUAAAACCAAGAAUUGGAUGCCAGAAAAUGGUAUACAGAACUGUUUUUAUCUGAGCAGGAAUUUGAUUAUUGUACAUAACAUUUGUGACAUAAAUUUGUGACAUAACUUAGUAUUUGUAGUUUUUUCUGUGUACAUUGUAUAUUUGUUGUAAGAUAAAAGCGUAAUAAGGUAGGAGAAAUCUCGUAGAAAAACGUGUAAGAGACCACUCAUAGACUUAAUAUUGAAGUAUUAUAUUGAAAGUGAGAUGAAAAGUAAUCAUUAAGUAGUCAAUAGGAAAAUAUAGAUGUUUUUUUUUAUAUUGAAAUGACAAAAAGUAAAUAAAAAUUACUGAUUUUAGAAACUUUUUACCCUUUCUCAUGUUAAGUUUUAAGUAUUUACUAACUUGAAUAGAUAAAAAAAAAUGAAAUUGAUUCAUAAUGCCAUUCUGUUUUUAAAGAAAUAAUGUUAGUAAAUACUGAACAGGACUAACUAUACUGUAGAAAUGUGACGAAUAUCUGCAUUGUGUUUUAUAAUAAAUCACACUAUUAUGUAAACCAGCAGACAGGCCUUUGUUAUAUAACUUGAAAAGGGAGUCCAGUCUUAUUAUAAACAACAUUCUAUCGGUCAACAUCAAGUGAAGAUUUGAUUUUGACCAAUGAAAAAAGCUGUAUUAUAUAGGCUGGUUUUCGGUCUUACGGUUUAUAAGCUUGAGCCCAGCAUACAGAUAAGAGAAUUUUGUACAGUUUUAACAUUAUUUGUAUCACGUCUUAACUAGUGUUUGUGAAUGUUUCUAGUAGAUUCUCUCUGUUUAUUUAAAUAUGAACUGGCAAAUAAAGCGAAUAGAUAUUUUUAUAA